CGAGUGAUCGAUCAGCAAUGUUAUUAGUUCUCAUAUUUAUCACUACCCUGUUGCUUGUAAAGGCCCACAGGCCAACUGUUUUUGUAUUUUAAAUUUGACCUAAUGCGGGUUCUGGGACCGAGUUAUCGGUAAUUGAAGAUCCCCCUGGCCCACAUCCGUGGAGUAAAAUCUUGAUUAUUUAAAGAAUUCGGGCCCGGAGAAAGAAAUGAUUGUUUAUUGCCAUUUUCGCCACUUCUUUUGAAGGAAAAAGCUUUGAGGUUGAGGACAAGGUUGAGCCACGUAGCUACGUACAUGGGAUUGGAGUCGGAGCGGGAACGAGUGAUCGUAUGUAACAGAAGAUCCCUCGAGGGUUUCUCGAAAGAUACUGGUUGCAGUAUACUAAUGCAAUUCUGAGAGGAAAGUAUGAACAACUGUUUAUCCAUUUGUAUUACGUUCGGGUUAUGCAUUGUAACUGCAAUGCUUCUUGAGGGUUUGUGGUCUUUGAACUGUUUUCUUGGGGAAUUUUUGUGAGGCUGCUGUUUCGACUUGAGGGGUUGUGUUAUUUGAACUGUUUGUUUUCAUUUUUGUUUUUUUCUUGGGAAACUUUUCUUGGGGUGUGGGGAAUUUUGUGAGGCUGCUGUGCUUUCAUCAAGGAAAAAGCACACAGUUUCCUUUUUCUGUUGGGGAUGUGAGGAAAGAGUUAAAUAAGAGUAUCUGUUUGUGUGGUUCUUGUUCUUUUGUUUGCACCGGGUGAGACUCUAGCCCUCUCUCUCUCUCUCUCUCCCCCUCCCACACACACAUGAACACUGCUACGGAUUGCUGUUCUCGUCUCUCUUUCUCUCCUCAGCUACAUGUGUUGUGUGUUUGUGAGAAAUAAAUUUUCUGGGGUGAUCUUUUUAGGUGAUUUGAAUCUUUUUUGCUUGCUAAUUUGGUGAAUUAGCUUGAUACGGCAUGCUUUUAGGGUAAGGUUUUGAGUUUUAGUUCUACAAGAUGCGGCGUCAUGGUAAUCCGAAUGAGUUGAUGUGAUCAAGAGGCCAGCUACUCUUUAUAUAGUGAGGAUAUAGUCAAAUUCUUUGGCUGCGCGAUGUUUUUCUGUACCGUGGUUAUAUAAUGAGGCGUUGAAUCGGAAUGGUCGUGGUUGUAGUAAAAGAAGUUGUUAGAAGCCAGUGGAUCAAAUCAUUUUGCAAUUCCGUAUGUUUAUGUGUGUGUCCUGGGGCUCAUGUAACUAUACCAAUUGGUGGAUAGUUAUGGAGGGUUCUUCGGAGUCGGGUUGGCAGAGGUCUGAUAGUUCGAGGGCGUUAAAUUCUUCAUUCUUGGAUAGAAAUACCAGAAUUCUCAGGGCAAGCGUCAGGCCCUCGGGAGAUAAUACAUCCCAUGAUUCUGGAUACACAUCAGUAAGAAAAGGGAGGGAAAGAACUUUCUGGCCUCAUAUCAACAAUCAAAGAACUCAUGUUGUGAGUACUGAAGAUGGUGGCGUGGGGGGUGGACCCGUUGUCCAGGCCGUGGAAUGCAACGAUGUAAGUUUGAGGCAGUGGCUGGAUAAUCCAGAAAGAACAGUGGAUGCCCUUGAAUGCCUUCACAUAUUUUCUCAAAUUGUAGAUAUUGUAAACCUAGCUCAUUCUCAGGGAAUUGUUGUUCACAAUGUUCGCCCUUCGUGUUUUAUCAUGUCCUCAUUUAAUCGGGUCUCUUUCAUUGAGUCUGCCUCUUGCUCGGAUUCGGGUUCUGAUUCUCAAGAAUAUGGAUCAAAGAGCAACACCGCUGAGCUCAAGGGUUCGUCUUCACCUUUGCCUCAUAACUCGCCCUCGCACCAAAGCUCCGUGAAUCAGUUAGGUGUACUAGAUUCUGGGCUUGGGGGGAAUCUGACAGCUGCUUCGCAAAUUAACUCUGAAACCAGUUGCUUGCAAUCAUGUGCAGGUCAGGGUAUGCAUGCUUUGGAAGCCACUGGCAAUGAACGAACAGGAGAUAAGAAGCAUUCAUUUCCAAUGAAACAAAUAUUGCUCAUGGAAUCCAAUUGGUACAGCAGUCCAGAAGAGGUUUCUGGUGGUCCUACUUCUUGUGCUUCCGAUAUUUAUCAACUUGGUGUUUUACUCUUUGAGCUCUUUUGCACUUUUGGCUCCUUGGAAGAGAAAAGCACAACCAUGGCAAGCCUGAGACACCGUGUCCUCCCUCCACAGUUGCUUCUUAAGUGGCCUAAAGAAGCUUCAUUUUGCUUAUGGCUGCUGCACCCAGAGCCAAGUAGCCGCCCUAAAAUGAGUGAGUUGUUGCAAAGUGAAUUUCUGAAUGAACCAAGAAAUGACAUAGAAGAACGAGCAGCUGCUAUAGAGUUUCGAGAAAAGAUAGAGGAGCAGGAGUUGUUACUGGAAUUUCUUCUGCUACUGCAACAAAGAAAACAAGAUGCCGCAGAUAGCUUGAAUGAGACAAUAUCUGUUAUAUCUUCUGAUAUAGAAGAAGUUACCAAGCUGCAGACAGCUCUCAAGACAAAAGGAGGCUUAAGCUUAGAGUUGGGCAAGGAUUUAGCUUAUGAUCCUUGUUCGGUGAACAUUGCAGAGGAUGAUGAUUCUAGUAGCUCAAUGUCCAGGAAGCGGAUCAGGCAUGGCCUUGAUAUCACCAGCCCGGAUGAAUCUGACAACCAUGCUGAUGAAUGUCGGAAACUGGAACCUGCAGGGCAUCAAGGAAGCGUUCUUGCCAAAAGUUCUCGGCUGAUGAAGAAUUUCCGGAAAUUGGAAUCAGCUUAUUUUUCGACGAGACGCAGGGCUGUAAAACCAACAUUCCGGCCAUUUGCUAGGCAUUCUCAUAUCAGUAGUGAUAGUAGAGGAUGUGUUGUAGCAACCGAAAGAAGUUCCAUCAGUAAUCCAUCAUCAAAAGACCUGUAUAAUGAGCACAGGAAAAGUGGAUGGAUAAAUACAUUCCUAGAAGGAUUAUGUAAAUAUCUUUCUUUUAGUAAGCUAAAUGUGAAGGCAGAUUUAAAGCAAGGGGAUCUCUUAAAUUCAUCAAACUUGGUAUGCUCCCUUAGUUUUGACCGUGAUGGGGAGUUUUUUGCAACUGCCGGUGUAAACAAGAAGAUUAAAGUUUUUGAGUACAAUUCAAUCUUAAAUGAAGACCGUGAUAUUCAUUAUCCUGUUGUUGAAAUGGUAAGUAGAUCAAAGCUUAGCAGUAUUUGUUGGAAUGGCUACAUUAAAAGCCAGAUGGCUUCAAGUAACUUCGAAGGUCUGGUGCAGAUAUGGGAUGUCACCAGAAGUCAGACUUUCAUGGAAAUGAAAGAACAUGAAAGGCGUGUGUGGUCCAUUGAUUUUUCUGUGGCAGAUCCAACAAUGCUGGCCAGUGGCAGCGAUGAUGGAUCCGUUAAGCUUUGGAAUAUCAAUCAGGGAGUAAGUGUUGGUACCAUCAAGACGAAGGCCAACGUCUGCUGUGUUCAAUUCCCAACAGAUUCUGGCCGUUCUCUUGCAUUUGGCUCCGCGGACCAUAGGAUAUAUUACUAUGAUCUUCGCAACUCCAAAUUGCCUCUAUGUACUCUAGUUGGCCAUAAUAAAACAGUGAGCUAUGUGAGGUUCAUUGAUUCAACAACUCUUGUGUCUGCAUCCACGGAUAACACUCUAAAACUCUGGGAUUUGUCAAUGUGCACAUCAAGAGUGCUUGAUUGUCCUCUACAGUCAUUCACAGGCCAUCUCAAUGUGAAGAAUUUUGUGGGCUUGGCUGUAUCUGAUGGUUAUAUUGCAACCGGCUCGGAGACAAAUGAGGUCUUUGUCUAUCACAAGGCUUUUCCUAUGCCUGCACUAUCGUUUAAAUUCAAUAGCACGGAUCCACUUUCUGGCGACGAAGUGGAUGACACUGCACAGUUCAUCUCAUCUGUAUGUUGGCGUGGUCAGUCUUCCACAUUAGUCGCUGCAAAUUCCAUGGGCAAUAUCAAGCUUUUGGAGAUGGCUUAAUUUGGUGAAAAAUACCAGGGCACGUCCACAAUCCACUUCAGAUACAACGGGAAAUGGACUUUGUGAUAUAAAGAUAGCCGCUAAAAGUUUACAGGUAGCACAGCCAUGGAUUCGAAGCUGGCACCCACCUUUCGGGAGCUAUAAGUAGAAAACUGGUAUCGCUAAACCAAAAUUUUUACUUAUUUUGUGGUGAAUACACUCUAACUUGAAGAGUGCCAUUAUCGAUAAAUAUUUAGGUGAGCGGAGGAAUAGGAGGGUGAAAAUGGGGCGUUAUAUAUCGAUUUUUCUGUAUAUUCUGUAAUUCUUGUGGUUCUUAAAUCAUUUAAUUUAGAAUAUGCGCCUGAAAAUUCGUGCUGUAUUUCUACCAGCAGCGCAGCUCCAUAUCCUGAAGUUUGUAGUCUGAUUGAUUGUAUUAGCGCAAAUGAGCACGUCUUCAUUUUGGCAUACUAAAGAUUGCUCUUUGAGCUCUUCAGUUUAAACUUGAAAAGGGUGCAAUUAAAUAUGUAUGCUUGCUUUCUUACAGAACGAUGGAGUUCACCACACACAUGGAAUGAGGACACAUUGACGCAGACAAUCUGGUCUGCAUUUUUAAUGGGUAAAUUAUAAAGAGCUUUCUUGA